UCCGUUAAAUACCCCGAAGGUGAAAACCCACGUGGGUGUUUGACUGCUGCAAUAAGUGGCUAUUUCUAGAUCAUGAGAUACAUGUACCUGUAAUUAGGGGGUUUUCCCUGAUUUUGAGCUCAGGGGCUUCAUAGUAGACGCCAUAGUUUUUGGAUUAGAGACAAGUCCUAAAUAGUUUCAGAGCUUGUGAUAACAUCACUAUUCAUCCUGCGCAAUGGACGAGGACAGGACAGACUUCGACAUGGAUGAUUUGGAGUCGGGAUAUUCAUGUACCUGUAAAUUGUGUUGGUAUACUUGUUCAUGUGUUUGUAAACGAAGAGCUAAAGGCAGUUGCAAGGAAAAGAAACCAAAAGUGUCCAAGAAAAAGGAGUCAAAGUCCAGCAUUUUCAGACGAAGCGGAACUGCUCAUCCUCAAGGACAAACAGCCAAGGUCACAGCCUUGCAACGGGCCAAGCGUGAAUAUGAAAAACUUGGACAAGACAAUGAAAAAUACCUGUUGAAAGACGGCGAACAUUGUGAAAAGUACGACAGUGAAGGGGAAGAUGAAAAUCUAGUCAAAAGAGCACCGAGUCAGAAUGGAUCAAUUGAACUCGGGCCGGUACCGGUGCCAGAAACUCAAGCUGUUCAUUCAAUGAAAUGUGAGGAGUCUCUGCCAGAAACUCAGCAUGAAUUUCCAGCAGAAUGUGGACCUCUGAAGGAAUCUCAUCCGUCGGUUGAGGCGGAUACGGAAUCAGUUGAUCCACUUGUUUACAACUACAACAUGAGCCAUAAACAUCGUGGCCGCACCUUGAUCUUGUUACAGAGUGAGAUUUAUCCGUACAUUGAUCCGAAAUACAAAGGCGUCUGCACAGAUCAUCUGGUUGAGGCAGACGUGCUGAAGACUUUGUUUACAUCGUUGGGAUUCGUUGUUGAGGUGAAGGAUUGUGGUGCAUGCAAGUCUGGUGACAUCCAGAAAGUUCUCAGCAAAGUGGCAAAGGACGACCAUUCGGAUGCCGAUUGCUUUGUGAGUGUUAUUCUCGGUCAUGGCGGGAACCAGGAGCUGUACUGCACUAAUACAACACUUGAGGUGGAGGAACUGACCACAUUCUUCAAGGGUGACAGGUGCCCGAGUCUGGCCGGCAAGCCCAAACUUUUCUUUGUUCAGUUCUGCCAAGGCCAGGAGAUUGCACUGAGUCAGGUCGUCACUGAUGGUGUCGUUUGUGAUAGUUCAAGUGAUGGCCCAACACGCAUCCCAUCGGAAGCCGACUUCAUGGUCAGCCUUGCUACAGUCCCUGGGGAGCUUUCACCAGGCAACUCUAAGGUUAUCUCGCCCUAUGUACUAGCCCUGUCCGAGACACUGACCAACAACUAUGCAGACGCGGACCUUCUUCGAAUGAUGACCUACGUCAAUUAUGCAAUAAUGAAGGAGAACGAAUGCAUGGAUUCCAAGAAUGAACAGAUGGAGUUGGAAAUUCCUCAGAUCAUGACCACGCUGACAAAAGACUUGUACUUUCCACCACAGCCUCUGACUGUCCCCGGCCCUGCUCCUGCCUCUGUGGCAGUCUGUGUUGAGUGUGACAUGGAUAGGUUAGAAACUGAGCUGUAGAAGAGUACCAUGAAAACACUAUUCAAGGGCACCCUUUAGACUCAUGACAAUACGUGUAUGUCCUUCAUUUCGGAGGUGAUCUGAAAGUGUGCGCAUAUUGACAAUGGAGGGUAUGAACUUGGAAACCUUUGUAGAGAAGUGGUCCUUCUGACCAUGAUGCUGUCGUGAACAAAGAAUUGUUUCUUUGAAUCGCUUUAUGUAGUUAAUCUAUGAUAUGUAGUGGAGUGAAUCUCAAAUGUCCCCUCUGUUUAUCUUAUUUAUAUCUAGUUUAUAAAGCUUCUGUUUAAUCUUCACAUAUCUACACCAUUUAUCCUUACAAUACUCCCCAAAGUGAUGUCAACCUAAGUUCUGUUCAAAGGCUAGUGUGAUAAACUCUGUAUUUUUAUGCAUGAAACAAAAAACAUUCAGCUUAUGUAAUUUUUUGAGUCAUUAUUUUAAAAAGUGUUCUAAAUAAACUAAAUUGUUUUAUUGUGUUGUUUGCUGUUAUUAUUGUGUCUGCAAUGAUGUCUAAUCAGUCCCACUGAUUGUCUCCCAUCUGUUGCAGGUGUCGAAAUCUGUGCUUCUCUGACAUACUUCUUCAAUCAAAUCCAGUUUGCUCACUUUUCAGUUGAAGAAAUGCAAAGAUGACCGGUAUUUGUUGAUUGGGGAGUAUGAUUUUGUUCUCGUCUUCUUCGGUUU